AUGGCGUAUGACCGCUACGUUGCCAUCUGCAAACCCCUGCACUAUGGCACAAUCAUGGGGAGCAGAGCUUGUGUCGAAAUGGCAUCAGCUGCCUGGGGCACUGGUUUUCUCUAUGCUCUUCUACACACUGGGAACACAUUUUCAAUACCACUCUGCCAAGGCAACACAGUGGACCAGUUCUUCUGUGAGGUCCCACAGAUCCUCAAGCUGUCCUGUGCAGACUCCUACCUCAGAGAAGUUGGGCUUCUUGUGGUUAGUGCCUCUUUAGUCUUUGGGUGUUUCAUUUUCAUUGUGCUGUCCUACGUGCAGAUCUUCACAGUCAUGCUGAGGAUCCCCUCUGAGCAGGGCCGGCACAAAGCCUUUUCCAUGUGCCUCCCGCACCUGGCCGUGGUCUCCCUGUUCAUCAGCACUUCAUUUUUUGCCUACCUGAAGCCCCCCUCCCUCUCCUCCCCAUCUCUGGAUCUGGUGCUGGCUGUUCUGUACUCGGUGGUGCCUCCAGGCCUCAGUCUGGUGGUGCUGCUCUGCAAGGCGAUCGGGCUGUGA